GCGCAGCCUCGGCGUUUCCGCCGUGAGUGCGCAGGGAUCCGCGCGCUCUUUACGUCGAUCCCCGGGAGUAAGCGUUUCCGGUCAUUCAUUCUCCCUGCGGGUCGGCCUCUGCGGUGGGGUUUUGUGUACUAUCGGACCGAGAGGAUGAAGCUCGUGAGAUUUUUGAUGAAAUUGAGUCAUGAAACUGUAACCAUUGAAUUAAAGAAUGGAACACAGGUCCAUGGAACAAUCACAGGUGUAGAUGUCAGCAUGAAUACACAUCUUAAAGCUGUGAAAAUGACCCUGAAGAACAGAGAACCAGUACAGCUGGAAACACUGAGUAUUCGAGGCAAUAACAUUCGAUAUUUUAUUCUGCCGGACAGUUUACCUCUGGAUACACUACUUGUGGAUGUUGAACCGAAGGUGAAAUCUAAGAAGAGGGAAGCUGUUGCGGGAAGAGGCCGAGGCCGAGGCAGAGGAAGAGGACGUGGCCGAGGCAGAGGAAGAGGCGGUCCUAGGCGAUAAUGUCUCUCAAGAUUACUGUUUCAAAGGGUGGUCAGACUUUUUUGUACAGCUUUUGUUUGUUUCUGUCAGUUUUUAAUAAACAUAAAUGCAGGACAGAGUUGUCUAUUGACUAUAUCAAAUUGUUUGAAUAGUUCAUGUAUAUUCAUGAUAUUAACACAGUAAGAGCUAAGCAUUACUGUGAGGCAGUCCCAAGAUAAUUCCAUUCUUUGAUCAGACUUUUAAUUUUUCAAACUAAAAUGUUUCUUUUAUGAAUAUAUAUAGAAUAUACAUUUUUUUAUUUCACAUUCUCUGAUUAUGUGCUUUAUUGUUUUACCUUGACUCCAUUCUGUGGAAUCUUCCUACAAGUGGAGUAAGUUCUUUUUGGCACUUCAGAAACUAAAGUCCUAUGGAAUGAGGUUUAAAAUUGAUUCUCCUUUCCUGAGUUUUGUUUCAUUGAAACUUAGGUUCUUAGUAAAAAAAAAUGAUCGUCUUAAAA